AUGGUGCGGGUGAUCGCGGACGAGGCGAUCAUCGGCGGGCGGACGACGAGCGGCGGGCGGCCGGGGCCGGUGUUUUCAAACGAGCAGCGGUUCGAGCGAAGAACGAGGCCGUUGACGGUGGACGAGAUCGUGUCGAGCUGGCCGGAGAUAAAGUUGAUGAGCGUGUUGAAGUGGGGGGAGGAGGUGGAGUCGAGCGUCGGGUGGGACGGGCGACGGAUGAUGCCGGCGGGUUUGCAAGCGUCGGUGGACGCGCGUCGGAUGGAGACGACGGCGGACGGCGAGCCGGGGACGAGCGCGGGCGAGCAGGUCGUGUACGAGGACCUGAAACCGCUCUUGCACGCCGCGCUGGCGCGCGGGAGCAAGGUGUUCGUCUUGAAUUCGCGCGGACGCGCGGUGGAGAGGUGCCGCGAAAUAUUUAGAGAAAACGGUUUCGAAGUCGCCGAAGACGUCGACGGUUACGGGGUCUGCGUGAUCCCGACCGAAAACUUUGCCUCGCGCUCGCUCGCCGCGGCGAAUCUCAUCGCCACCACCGCGCGUCCGGGCGAGCAUUGGCACAUCAUCGACGGUGAUAUGGAUGAGUUAGAAAGGUUCAAAGAUUCCGAUCUCGGCGAGGCGUACGAGUCGUUGACGCGAGGGGUCGAGGUCACGCUUCGACACGCGAGUUACGCCUACGCCAGUCCGCGGGCGACGCAUCGCGCGCACUUGGAUCGUGAAAUACAAUCCCUGACGGCGGACUCGGCGAAGAAUUUGGCGCUCAACUUUCUAGGUGGUUUCUCCCAAGUUCCAAACCGAUGA